AUGACCAAGAUGGCCAGCCAAGCGGGUUCAUCGGAUAUAUUAAUUCUGAGGCCACCUAAGCGCGUCAAACUGGAAUCACAGUCAACAGAAUUGCAGCCAAUCAGCCGUUCAAAUACUCGCCGCGACCAAGAUGAAGAACCGCUGCCAAAACGCCGCUUGAAUAGCUCCAGCGCUCAAGGCCAAGAGUACAUCGACGAGCCAGAAUUCGUGAUUUCGUGA